UGAUACCCAUUAUCUGUCCAUACGGCAGUGGUUUCACACACCGCAUCGCCCAUCUGAUCUCGACAUCAGAGGGUCUCAGCUAACCAUUGGCAAUCCAGCCCAACAUGGGUCGUGGCCGUGCUCCACGUGGCUUCCCUCCUUACCGCCCCGAGAACAACCUGAAUAACCAGCCACAACGGAACAGUUUCGACGUUAAUUUUACCAUAUGGUCCAACCCCAAUGUUCCGGCCGAGACGGCACACACUCGCAAUGGAACGAACGGCUCGUCUCCCAGGACCUCGGUUCCCCCGGGUCUUGCCUAUCGGCUCGAUGGAAUGAACUCCUCUAUGAGACGCCCCUCGCACGAUAACGGAUUUGGUAGUAUGGAGCAGGCGGGUGAGCGCUUGGGCGCGGGCGCCUUCAAUAUCGCAAAUAUCGCAUCAUCGGGCCCUUCCGAACCGGCGGAGCGGCACGGACUUGGUUUGACAUCGUACCCGACACAACACUCGCAUCGGUCAUCGGUCGUCGCCGACCCUUCGAUUUUUUCUUCGAACUGGCAGAACAACCGAGGCAGCGUUGGAGAUUUGGAUGCGGCGCAGACGAAUGUUCCUUGGCUAGCGAGAAAGCCAGCAGAGUUACCGGAUACCUCUACCGAACGCCCGAUGUUUUCUUCGAACCCCUGGAACAACUCGUCACAUUCUGUGGCCGCCUCAGCCCGGCCUUUCACCCCCGCGAGUCCAACGGCUUGGGAAAAUGGAUCUGCCAACGGAUUCCAGACUGGCAAUGGAUUCCAAACUGGAAACGGAAUCCAGACUAGCAACGGGUUCCAAACUGGAAACGGAAUCCAGACUGGAAACGGAAUCCAGACUAGCAACGGGUUCCAAACUGGCAACGGAUUCCAGACUGGCAACGGAUUCCAGACUGGCAAGGGAUUCCAGACUGGCAACGGAUUUCAGACUGGCAAUGGAUUCCAGACUACUAACGGAUUCCAAACUGGCUUUAACGUUAUUAACGUUAACGGCUUUGGGAAUUAUGCAGGUGUUCAACAGUCCCGCUCGAAUUUCUCACAGGCACCCUCCAGGCGCGACUAUUCAACCCCCACGAACUUCGAGCGCCGAGCCAGCAGUCAGUCCUUCAAUCAGCAGCCUCAGCCUACGCCGAAUGUGUCUUUCGAUGCCGUGACCCUCCAACAGCAAUUGCAAAUCUACAACUUGGCCACGAACUUGGGAAUGGCCGGGGCAUACCCGAAUCCUUCUCUGCCAACGACUGGCUUGGCUAUGGGUGCAAUGAGUUCCGGGAGCGUGCAGAGCGGAAAACUUCGUGAAUACUUGAACACCCGCAAUGCUCCGCAGAAAUGGGAUUUGAAGCAAAUCUACGGGUCGAUUGCGGACUUCGCUGCCGAUCGUGCCGGUUCCAGGUUCAUUCAGGACAAACUGCAGUCUGCUAGCAGUGAAGAGAAGGCGGAAGUCUACAGAGAGCUCAUGGACGAGCUGAUUCCUCUCAUGACCGAUGUGUACGGAAAUUACGUCGUGCAAAAGUUCUUCGAGCACGGCACGCAAGAGCAGAAGACCAGCAUGGCACUCGUGAUCAAGAGCAACAUGUUGCGACUUUCGGAGAACAAGUACGGCUGCCGCGUUGUGCAAAAGGCCCUCGACAACAUUUUCCGCCGGUACCAAGUUGACCUAGUCACCGAGUUGAAAGACCACGUCGACAAACUCAACAAAUCCCAGGAGGGCAACCAUGUGAUCCAGAUGAUCAUCAAACUCUUGCCCCGAGACGACAUUGGGUUCAUCUACGACUCCUUCAAAGGGCCUGGCAAGGUCAUGGAACUGGCCCUGAACCAGUACGCUUGCAGAGUCAUCCAGAGAGCCUUGGAGCACGGGAAUGAAGAGGACAAGCUCUAUCUCGUGUCUGAGUUGCACAAGGGUGCCCACACCUUGAUCACAGAUGCCUACGGAAACUAUGUUGCCCAGCACAUCAUCGAAGCAGGGAAACCCGAAGACCGCGCCCGCAUGAUCGCUGCAGUCAUGUCUCAAACGAUCACUCUCUCAACACACAAACACGCCUCCAACGUGGUGGAGAAGUGCAUCAACUACGGCACCCCGGAAGACGUUCGCCGUAUCAGGGACAUGUUCUUCAACCCGCAGGACGGGGUCGGGGGAUAUUCUUCCGAGCAUCAAUCGCCCGACUCUUUUCUGCGGUUCCUCAUGCUGGAUCAUUUUGCUAACUACGUGAUUCAGAAACUCGUCAAACACUCGACCUUCAGCAUUGAAGAGCAGCAAUUCUUCAUCGACACGCUCGAGCCGAAGAUCAAUGAGCUGCUCAGGAACCACAAGGGGCUGGACGAGAGGCAGAGAAACGCCCUCAAGAGAUUCCAGGGCAUCAUCAACGAGCUCAGGAAGGACAUCGACAAGAAGGAGGAGCUUGCCAAGAACGGCAGCAGUACGCCGCCGUCGCUAGGCCCAGCAUCGCCCUCUCUGCACAUCACCUCGACACUUCCGACGCCCGAUGGAGGAUCCGAGCCCAACAGCCCACUGGACUUGGUAACUCCCAGCACCAACGCUACUAGCUCUGCUGGAAGCGCUAAUGGGGACGGAAACGGAAAACAGUCGCUCGACGUCAACGUCAAUGGGAAACUGGACAGCGAGGCCUUUGCGCAGUUGCAUAUUCAUGACAACGCUUAGUUGCGGGUCUUUAUACGCGCGGGGUGCGCUUCCAGGAGUAUUUGCGUCUUGGAACUUUUAAAUGCGAUGAAAGCUCAAGAACGAUAGCGGGAUUGAAUGUUUUUGUGCGAGCACCCUCGCUUUGUG